AAAAAAAAAAAAAACAUUUAAUGUGUUAAAAUAGCCACCUAUAUAGUGUCAUAUAGGGACAUAACUAUGAAAAAAUGAACUAAUGGCUAAUAAACAAAUUAACGUGGCUUAAUGUAGGCCACCAAAACAACCAAGUCUCUCUUUGUCAUAAAAAUUAUCCACUUCCCAAAGGGCAAAAUAGAAAAAUAGCAAUUUUUUUGGGCUCGAUUAAGACUCAUUAAAAAGAAAACAUCCAUGCUAUAAAUAAUUAAAUAAAUAAAUAAAUAAAUAAAUAAAAUAAUCUAGUUUGGUUUAACCAGAUACCAAAACAAAAUGGCAGACCAUCUUUGCCAGCUGCAAUGAGACGUCUAUCAGCUCAGUGCUAGCACUACUUUGAAUAGUAAUGGAGGAGAAAACGUUGGUUCUUGAGGGUCUACCAGGGGAUUUAGACCUGGUGAGACCCAAACUAGAGCUUUAUUUCAAAAACAAGAGGAAAUCUGGAGGAGAAGUCAUGCAGAUCCGAGAGCAUCCUGAGGACAACCGGAAAGCCCUGCUCAUCUACCUACUAGAAACAGAUUUAAACAAUGUCCUUAAACAAGGAAUGCACAAAAUCGAUUUCAAAGCCCAGGGAGUUGUUGAACUGACAGUGAAACUCUUGAAUGGCAAGAAAGAAAAGGUUAAACCACGUCUUUUACCAAGGCGAAAGAUAGAAACUCUUGAACACGUCAGAUCUGCGCAAGCCACUACAGGUGAACAGAAGUCUGGCUCUAAAGUUCAAAAAGGAAAUGAAGAAAAUGCAAAAACCAAGGACCUGCUUAUCGGCACCAUGGAGACAGUUGACAAAGAUAUUCUUACGAUGUACUUUGAACAGUUUACAGACAAGGUUGAAAUCACAAAACAUGGAAAAAACAAGUGGAUCCUAAAAGUUGCCAAUCAGUCAGAUGUAUUGACUAUCCUGGACCAGAAGAAACAUGAAUUCGGUGUUACUGUGGAGUUGUAUAAAGAAGCAGGUGUUGCAGAGCUGUGGGACCCUCGGCACUUCAUCCUAACUGGGUUCAAAGACAGCUGCCAAUGCAAAUUGAUUAGCAUGUUCAUUGGGAGCUGCAGUCAAAAGGCAGCACACUCCUGGGAGAUAGUAGAUGAUGAGAGAAUUGUGGUCACCUUCAAGGAAGACAUUGAUUCAAAAUCUUUCUUUGAGAAGUGUGCAACCAAAAACCUGCAGGGCAUGGAGAUUGAAGCCUCUCAUUUAGAGUUCACAGAUUCAGUUCUGGUACAGGGGGAUAUGGGCAAUCUUACAGAAGACAUUCUUACACUCUACUUCAGCAACAAAAAAAGGAGUGGUGGAAGUGACAUCAAGUCUUUAAUUUGGGUCAACAAACAAAAGAGUGUGGUCAUAUCCUUCCAAGAUUGUCAUGUUCCCCAAGAAGUUGUGGAGCGGAAACAUCAUCUUUGUGGCAAAGACCUUAGCACGUCGCUUUUUUACUCAAGUCUCCAGAAGGCUUUGACAGGAGAAACACCUACAUGCUCCAAUAUAUCCACUAAGACGAUUAUUCCUGUUGACGAGGCAGUCCGCAAUUUCAUUGAAAAAAACGAAAAGUGCAAAAAUGAUUUUGAGAGUCGACUAAGGGUAGUUCAUGCUAAUGUCAUUUUUGACAAGACCACGUCCCCUGGAGAGAUUGCACUUGAGAUGGCUGUGGACAAAGAGUCUUUAGCUGCAGUUCGACUAGGAGCAACUUGGCAAGGUAAAGCCCAAAGAGAAGCACAAGCCUUUCUGAACAGCUACACCACAGCUGAGUUUCCAGUUGAGGCCGAGAUCUGGAAAAGGGUAGCGCAUGAUUACCUAGGAUUUGUCACUUCUGAUGCUGAGGUCAACUACAUGGAAACCAAAUCCAAAAUUGCAAUAGUUGGCCUAAAAACAGACGUCACUACCCUCUUUGACAAGAUUCAAAGCCUUGUUGGGGAUGCAACUGCCGAAUUUGAAAUGGAAAGGAACACUGUUGAAAAAGUGAUUCGGUUUGACUCAGAAGAGACACUAGAGUUGGUAGAAAAACGUGUACAUGCCAAACUUCAAAACGUAACAUUAACAAAAAAUGAAACUAACCUGACUUUUCAACUGCAAGGUUUGAAGGACUGUGUAAGUACUGCUGAAAGGAUCAUCAAACAAGCAAAGGAGAAUGUUCUCUUUCAACAACUGAACAUCUCUGUCCAUUUGCUUCAGUUUCUGAAGUCCGUAGAUCUAAAGACGUUUGAGCGAAACCAUUUUGUAACAAGCCAUAUACCAGCUUUAUUUCUGAAUGAUGGAGAGCUUCUUGGGAUCGUUGCAGAGAAAGAAUACAUCAAGGCAGCUGAAGACAAAGUUAAACAGAUCUUUCGAGAGGAGGUUAUCAAACUUACUCCUGAUGUGAACCCAGUAAUUAACAACGAAAACUGGGUGAACUUUUUGAACAAAAUUAAAGUGGAAUUAAGUCAGUCACAGGACAUUAACAUUGUACCUUCAGAGACACAGAUUGUAAUCUGCGGAUUUGCUGAUGUGGUGGCAAAUGUUUCAACAAAGGUCAAGGAUUAUCUGAAGAAUAAGACACCGGCAACUGAAUAUAUCCAUCUAAAAUCUUUGCAGGAAGUGGGGUUUGUUGACUCUUGCAUGAACUUGUUAGAAAUUCCAGAAAUCCGAAACUGUGACAUAACUAUUCGAUCUUGCAGAACAAUGAAUUCACCAUGUCUGAAGGUUACAGCCUCAAAAGAAGUCAUUCAGGAUGUAGUAACUACUGUGAAAAAGCAUUUAUCCUCCAUUUUAACCAAGAAGCAGACUUAUUCUAAAGCAGGAGAAUCUAAGGUCAUACUUAAGAAUGAAGCCAACAUUCAGGCCAAAGCGAAGGAGUGGGGUUGCAAGGCUUACAUUUCAACUCAGAAGUCUGGCCCCUCAAAAAAAUACAGCCACCAAAUAAACAGCUACAUCACUUUAACAGUUACCGAGGGCGAUCUGCAGCACUUUCCAGCUGAUGCUUUGAUUUGUCCUAUGAAUAGCCAAUUAGCAUUUGACAAUCCUAUUGCUCAAAGGUUUCUUCAAGUCGCAGGUCCAGAUAUUCAAGCAGUGUGCAAGAAAUUCCAGAAAGAAAAGCAAACUUUACUUUCUGGGGACGUGGUACUCACUGACCCAGGAAAUCUCAAUGCCAACAGCCUUAUUUUUACUGUGCUGCCCCAGAGUGGCCAACAGUUCACUUUGGCCUCUCACUACCUGAAGUCAGCCAUUCUUAAUAGUCUCCAAAAAGCAGAAUCUAAAAACGAUACUUCUAUUGCAAUGCCGAUAAUGGGUUGUGAAACUCUUGGGUUCUCCACCAAAGAAAGUUGCAUGGCAAUCAGAGAAGCAAUACUGCAGUUCAGCAAUGAUCAGAAAAAUUCCCCAAAGAACAUAAAGAACAUAUUUCUGGUAGAUUCUGAUGUGAAGUUGCUGGAGGAUUUCAACAACAUCAUUACUCAACUGGGUUUUUCUAAUGAAAAAGCAUCUGCUACUCCAAAAAACACUACCUCUCAAGACCAACCAAAAGUUCUAAAUCUUAAACAAGCAUCAGACACAGAAGUAACUGUUCAUGGAGUGACCGUGUCUUUCAAAAGAGGAGAUAUCACCAAAGAAACAGUGGAUGUGAUUGUUAAUUCCAACAACAAAGCCUUAGAUCUUGACACAGGUGUAUCUGGUGCAAUUUUGAAGGCAGCCGGACAGUCAGUUGUGGAUGAAUGCAAAAAGCAUGGUCAUCAGCAAGAGAAUGGAGUGGUAUUGACAAGCGGAGGUAAACUUUCAUGUAAGCACAUUGCUCAGAUGGUUGGGCCCAAUAAUGCUGCUGAUAUUACUACUUCUGUGGAGAAAGUCCUGGAACUAUGUGAAACUACAAUGUCUGCCACAGUAGCCAUCCCUGCAAUUGGCACAGGGAGAGGUGGUAUUGGAGCAAAUGACUCUAUCAAGGCUAUUUUGGCUGGAGUGGAAAACCAUUUGACUCGGUCAACAUCAUCCAGUCUUCAGAAAAUAACCGUGGUGGCAUUUGAGCAGAAGAUUUUAGAUGCAUACUGCAAUUAUAUGAAGGAGAGGAAGAACAAGACUGCACCUACCAAUAUGCCGGCAAAUAAAGUCAAAAUUGCAGGUGUGUGGAUUGAGAUUAAGAAGGGGAACAUUACCAACGAAUCUGUCCGUGGUAUUGUCAACACCACCAGUAAAGAAAUGAACUUGACAACAGGAGUCUCAGGGGCCAUUUUCAGAGCUGCUGGAACCUCUGUUCAAGAGGAGUGUAAACAACAUGGUCCACUUAAGGGUGAUACAGUUGCAGUGACCAGUGCUGGAAAUCUGCAAUGUGAUUUCAUCAUUCACAUGAGAGGACCCCACUCCACUGCAGAAGCAAGAUUACGGGUAAAGAACGUAUUGGAAAGAUGUGAGGAGAAGCAGAUCAGCACCAUUUCCUUCCCUGCUGUUGGCACUGGUGGAGGUGGUGUUAAAAGUGUGGAUGCCAUUAUUGCUAUGCUACAAGGCUUUCACGACCACUUGUCACAGCAUUCCUCCACCGCCCUCAGGCUCAUUUAUGUUGUCGUUGACCGAGAUGAAGUUCUGAAAGAUUUUCAGCAAGGACUGAAUCAAUGGAGUACAUGCUCCCAGCAGGACAGUGAUGACACUACAGAAUAUGAGGAUGAAGAUGGUGAAUAUUAUUAUGGCUCAGAUGAAGAGAGUUUGUCCUCAGAAGAAGAAGAGGAUGACCGUAAUGGAAACAUCACAGAAGCAUUCAUUGGCCAAGUCAAAGUUAAAGUGCUUUGUGGUGACAUCACGAAAGAGAAGACAGACGCAAUAGUCAGCAGCACUAAUACGAACCUUAAUCUAAGCUCAGGUGUAUCAGGAGCGAUCCUCAAAGCAGCCGGACAGACCGUUGUGGAUGAGUGCACAAAAUUAGGUGUUCAACCCAGUGAUGGCGUGGUCCUCACAACAGCCGGAAAUCUUCCAAUUAAGAACAUUGUCCAUAUGGUUGGUCAGACCAAGGAGAAAGAGAUCACAAACAGCAUGUAUAAAGUACUGAAGAAGUGUGAGGAAAACAAGAUUCAAUCUGUUUCAUUCCCUGCUCUCGGAACUGGAGUAGGAAACCUGGCAGCAGCUCAGGUAGCAAAUGCCAUGAUGGACGCGCUGGCAAAUUUUGCUAUCGACUUGCCAGUAUUUUUAAAAACCGUCCAAAUUGUGAUUUUCCAAAGUACAAUGUUGUCAGACUUUGAGGAUGCUAUGAAGAAGUUCAAAAGGAUUUCUCCAAAACCCUUCUCAGUAACUAUCCCCAAAUCAACUCAGCAAACAGGGACAUCAGAUUCCACCAAGCCAAAAUUGUGUCUCGCUACUGAGACGGCUGCAGUGACUUUCCCAGUCACAAAUGUAGACGUAUAUGGAACCUCUUCUACGGACAUUGCCAAGGUCAAAAAAUUGCUGGACGAUCUAAUUUCAGACGAAUAUACUAGCGUGGAUGUUCAGUCUGACCAUAUAGCCAACCUUCCUGAAGCUGACAACAAGGCGAUUGUGGAGCUGAGCCAAAGCAACCAAGUGCAUGUUCUUGUGGCUGCAAAGGACAAAUUGAUUGUGUCAGGAAAGAAGGAGGAUGUUUUAGACACCGUUCUAAAAAUCAACAGUUUCCUCCAGGCAGCCCGGGACAUGGAAAUCCGAGAAGGCGAAGAAAGAAGACUGAGCAAAACUUUGUGCUGGGAACUAGCAGUAGGAGAGACUUGGGUGCCACUGAGCUCCAGCAUUAGUUAUGAACUGGAGUUAGCUUUUGACAAGAAAGAGCAGAAAUUUAGCUAUCAGGACAAAGGGGAAACCUGUACAGUAGAUUUUAAGGAGAUGAAAUGGGUAAACACCAAGGGGAAGACCUGUAAAGUCAAGAGAACCCUGUUUGCUGACUCGGACACGGCUAUCAUUCAGCCUCCACCAACAUGGACCAAAAUGGAUGGAAGUGAUCUGGAAAUUAUUGUUCUGUCUCCAAAUACAGAAGAAUACAAGAAAAUAGAGAAAGCCUUUUUACGCUCAAGCCAACACAAAGAUGUAGCUCCUGUCCAAGUGGUGCAGAUCCGCAGAAUUCAGAGUCAGUCACAAUGGCAAAGAUACUGUGUGUUGAAGCAAGCAGUGGACAAAAAAUACCCCAAGCAGAAAAACGAGCAGUUUCUCUAUCAUGGCACUACCAAAGACAUUUGUCAGAAAAUCAAUAAAAAUGGCUUCAACAGGAGCUUCUGUGGGAGAAAUGCUGUCGCUCACGGUGAUGGCACGUACUUCGCCAAAGAAGCUUGGUACUCCUGCUAUGACCAGUAUUCAAACCCAGAUGAGAAUGGACUGAAGUAUAUCUACAGAGCUAGAGUUGUGACUGGGUCACCAUGUAAAAGUCGAAGCGGUAUGAAGGAGCCAGACCCUCUGGACCCAAAAAAUCUCCGUGCUGGACUAUAUGACUGUGCUGUGGACGAUUUGCAAAACCCAUUCAUCUUCGUGGUGUUCUGCGAUGCAGGGGCGUACCCUGACUAUCUCAUCAGCUUUAAGAAUGUCUAACCGUAUGUUUGGGUACCUUUUAGCACUUUUUCUACCAAAGAACAUCAUUUUUAACAUCAAUGACGUGCAAACUUAAAUAACAGCGAAUAAGAUAUGUUCUGACAUUUUUAUUCUAUAACGAGAGUGUAAGCAAUCUUUCAUAUUCGUAUUUAAGCAAUAAUUCAAAUUCAUUCAAUUUCCAGAAAUCAUGUCGUGCCUUAAAAGUUGUCACCUCAGGCACUAGUUCAGGUUGUGUUGUUUACUCUUUGUAAAACUCGGGUUUGUACAUGUGGUAAAUAAAUACAAAGAAAAAUAAAUACACCUGAUACAUUU